UUAAGUCAGUUAUUGGCUCGUGAUUUCAGGGGUUUUUCUUAUAAAAACUGUAAAACUGUAACAAUCCAGGGUGCACUGCGUUUCUUAUUUGCAUGUUGUUUCUGGUGUCACUGCCCAUCUCUUUACCCUGGAGGGUUUCCCUUGGUAUCUUCUUGGCAUGCAGCCAGCAUCAGGGAAACAAUCAGUUAACCACCUGCCAUUAACAGGUAUUUGAAAAGCUUUCCUUCGGCAGCGAAACUAAAGGAGGCUGACUCGGUCUGGCUUGGUUUUUUUUUUUUUUUUAACUCUGAAACUUUAAAGAAAAAAUACAACUUUCUAUUCAUAACAACCAAGACACCCUCCAGCCUGCUCUGGCCCUCUGCUCAUUAUGGGCUGCGGCCUUCACGGUGGGCAGUGAUGUGUGCUUGAAUCCAGAGGAUGCCAUGGGCCGAGUUUCUGCAGCUUGUCAGCUGCAUAGGACUCUUACGAGCCUUGGAGAGAGACCCGAGGGGUGGAAAUCUCUCAGUGCCUCUUUGCUUGCAGCUGGAAACACCUGGGGGUUAAGUGGAGCUUCAGGGACAAGUGUACCAAAGGUGCUCUAGAAGGCUGUCCAAGAGCUUCUGAGCGGAGGUUGCCUGGCACACAUAAGUCAUGCAUAUUUAUUUGCCAGAAGAGCUGCUCGGCUAAAAGGCCAGCAGUGUUACCUGAUAUCUGCAGCAACCAAGACAUUUGUGUGUGUCCCGUGGCGGUGCCUGAUGGUGUCCGAGGACAAGGCAGAGGGAGCUCAGGGGCUCUGGAUGACUGCUUGAGGGAUCUGGGCCGCAUGUGCUAUUUUCUUCCGCCACGUGCAGUGAGCCAGACCCAGGAAGGCUCUAGAGGUGAAUGGCCGGCAGCCUGGUGUUCCCAGCAACAGUGUGGGAGUUUGAGCGUGGGUUACUCUACAGGACAGCAGGCCUGAUGGUGGCACAUGGGCUACAUCUGCCUCAAAGGGAAAAAGGCUCUUGGCUCCAGAGUUAGCAGGGCUCCUUGAGAGAGCUUUAAGUAGCAUUGGAAGUGGAAAAGGGAGUAAAGCAGGCUGACGGGGGAGAUGCGUCAGCACUGCACAGCCAUGUUUGCGUGACAGUGGAGGAUGGAAGCAGUGCUGCCAUCAAAGGUCAUGAAAGUGUAGCAGAAGUCAUGGGAAAAGCAGGUUUUUGCCACAAUUCUUUCAGACCAAAAUACUACCAAAGAAACACUCUUGAAUUUGGGCUUUUUACAGCAGCCUUCAUCCAGGUCUUCUUCUAGGGAAUUUCGGAGGAAUAAGACAUGAGUGCCUCUGCAUUCCCAUGCACAAUGCUGCCUCCAAAAUACUCCAGCCCUUCUCCAUUUGGCUCCUUCCAUUCCUGUGCAGAAGAAGGAAAUUCAGUAGAGGGGAGGUGCAAGAAUUCACAGGCAACGUGGGUGUACAUUGGGGCCUUCACAGCCAUCACUUUGGUAUGAGGUCACAGAGCUCUGUUUGAUGUCAGGUUCCAGAGCCCCACUGUGCUCUUCAGUGCUCACUCUGGGCAACACUGCAGCAGCAGCAGCAGCAGCAGCAGCAGUAGCAGAGUGUUUCUAGCAGGGGGGAUCAUGGUCCUGAGCCGCUACCUCCUGCUGCUCUUUCUCGUGGCCCUGCCAGCCCAGAAUGCCCAGAGUGCUCCAGCAGCUGGGCAGGGAGCAGUUGUGGACACGGAGAGUGCUCUUUCAGCCCCUGAGCGAGGGGCAGAUACCGUGCUGACUCCGAGCUGGUACCUCAAGCAUGAGUAGUCAGUCUGUCCUGCCUUCACAAAAAGGAGCGCCCCUUUUCCCUGUUUUAUUCACGAGAAAAAUACCGUCAUAGGUUAACGUGCUUUUGUAAAUCUAACAAUAGGGAUGAACGAUGACAAGGUUCCUGAAGAGUUCCCUGAAGGAUUGCCGGAUGUUCCAGAGGAGCUCCUGGCAGCCUUGCAUGAAGCCCCGUCUGAGACAGAUUCUGAGACUGUGCCGGAGACCUUAGCUGUGGAAGAAAGUGACAUUGUGCCAGGCUCACAUGAAAAAAGAGAACCAAUAGAGGACACCAGGACACUUGCUGAGCCUGAGGAAUAUUCAGGGUUAUCCGGUGGGCAAAAAGCCGAGACUGCUGGACACUGUGACCCGAGCAAGUACUACAUCCUAGUAGGGACAGUAGCAGCCUCAGCUUUGCUUCUGCUUGGGGCAGUGUCUGGCUAUCUAGUCAUGCAUCAGCUGCUGAAGAGAGACAGGAGGAGCCAGGAGGACAAAGAGGCAACAGGACAGGACUGGGACUCUUCCUGGGAAAGCUGUGGUCAGCCUAGAGGUGAAGCAGAGCCAGGAGAAGGAGCAGGAAGCGGCGAGAGAGCCCAAGGCAACGGGUUCAGGGACAGCUGCCGCCUGUUUCCUGAGCUCUUUGCAGCAGAGCUCGCCCGGCUGUACAAGAACAUGAGCGCAUACCCAUCACCUCUGCCCACCUGCUCCUUCUGUGCUCUGGCUGACAACGCCUCUUCACGGGACCACUGGAUUUCCCUGGAGUCACCUCAGCCCACAGCAUCCUCUUGGCCCUCCUACCACCAAUACCUGCAGGACUACCAUCUCUUAGAGGAUGAUGAUUAGUGAUAGUGAUAGCCAUAAAUAGUGAUAGUGAUAGCCAUAAAUAGUGAUAGUGGUAGUGAUUCUUUUAGUGAUAGUGAUAGGGACACUUGAUAUUAGAGGGUGGUGGUUGUUUUAAUGAUAGUGAUAGUUAAUAUUAGAGGAUAGUGAUGGUUUUAAUGAUAGCGUUAGUUAAUAUUAGGGGAUAGUGAUUGUUUCAAUGAUAGCGUUACUUGAUAUUAGAGGAGGGUGAUUGUAUUAGUGAUAGUGAUAGUCAUAAAUAGUGAUAGUGGUAGUGAUUCUUUUAGUGAUAGUGAUAGGGAUACUUGAUAUUAGAGGGUGGUGGUUGUUUUAAUGAUAGUGAUAGUUAAUAUUAGAGGAUAGUGAUUGUUUUAAUGAUAGCGUUAUUUGAUAUUAGAGGACAGUGAUUGUAUUAGCGAUAGUGAUAGUUAAUAUUGGAGGAUGGUGAUUGUUUUUGUGAUAGUGGUACAUUUAGUGAUAGUGAUACUUGGUAUUAGCAGACAAUGAUUGUUUUCUUGAUCUUGAUAAAUAAAUAUUUUUCCGAAAGCAGUAAAUUCUUGCCUGCUGCGGCUGUUUCUGUUGGGGCAGAACGCACAGAGCUGGGAGCAGGGCUGGGGCUGUGACAGGAGCUCUGAGAAACUUGCACUGCAGUGCAGGAGCUGCUUGUGCCACCUCAGCCUGCUUUCCCAGCAGUGGCCGUUCACAAAGCUUUCCUGCACCAGCACGGGGACACGCUGGCUAGCAGUGACAUGCAGAAACUUCUCUGGGAGCUCAUUUGGGAUGCUGGCCUGAAUCAGGAAGGUCUGGGCAGAGAGGGAAAGAUGUUCUGCGAGGGAUGGCUGUCCAGCAGUGAGCACAUCAAGGAGACCCGAGGUGGUGACUUAGGUCGUGGCAGUCCCUCCCCGAAGAGCUUCAAGAGAGGAGCAUCAAGGAGCAGAAAGCUGGAGCCGGGCUGUGUGAGAGGGGAAGGAAUGUCCUAUCAAUCACAGGAGCCUUCUUAAAAAUUAGAUGGCUAACAGUGACUAUAAUUAUAACAAAAAUUACAGUCUUGUCGCACGCAGUAUGGGAAAAAAGCCCAGAGCUGGAAUACAACAGAGAACUUUUGUGGGGGAUUUUGUGAACCGCUAGCUAGUUGACAAAGGUCACACUGAUAUAAUACCGUUAGUUAAGCAAGAAGGAGAUGGGUAUAGGAGUCAGCAGUCAGUGUCCAAAGCUGGCAAGGGCACUGUGCCCUUGGUGCAACAUCAGGAUGGGGGAGAGGAUGGUUAGUUAGAAAUAUGAAGAAAAGAUGUGGACAGCUACAACAUAGUAGCCACAAGAAUGCUAAGGUAGGCGUAGUUAGCUGAUAAGUAACUAACCAAUAAUGAGCUCGCCUUUUGCAAUAUGUAUUGGCCUCAUUAACACCAAUAUAAAUGUA